CCACGCUCUCCGCCUGGCAACAUGUGCAGUGGAGCCGAAGGAGGCCCCUGGCCGCUCGGCAAGGACGCGCCAACAGUUACCGCCGCGGCUCUGGAUCACUAUCGUUUGCAACUGUAUAACUAUGCAGUGGCCGAGCGACUUCGCCUGUACCCGCCAUCCGUGGCACCGUGUUACGCACCUUACGGGCCUCGACUGGCCCUCUCCAUGUCGCUGCUGCAGCAACGAGUUCUGCAGCCCGAGGAGCCGAAACCGCAGCAUAGUUACAUCGGUCUCAUCGCCAUGGCGAUCCUCAGCUCGCCGGAACGCAAGCUAGUGCUCUCCGACAUCUAUCAGCACAUUUUGGACAACUAUCCGUACUUCCGCUCCCGUGGACCUGGCUGGCGCAACUCAAUAAGGCAUAAUUUGUCUCUCAACGAUUGCUUCGUGAAAGCCGGGCGAUCGGCCAACGGUAAAGGACACUAUUGGGCGAUACAUCCCGCCAACAUUGAAGACUUUCGCAAAGGAGAUUUCCGAAGACGUAAAGCUCAAAGAAAAGUAAGGAAACACAUGGGACUGGCUGUUGAUGACGACGGCGAAGAUUCUCCAUCACCACCGCCUCAGUCGCCGCCGCCGACGGCUCUGCCCUUACCUUUCUGGGGAGCAGGCCGACUUCCCGGCGGCGCCCAGGCGCGCAAGAGACAAUUUGAUGUGGCUUCUCUGUUGGCUCCUGACGAUGCUCCUGAGAAGCGACAGCGACGAGACAGCAGUUGUGAGGAGGAGCAGGAGGAAGACAUAGACGUGGUAGCGAGUGACCAGGAGGAGCGCGCCACCGAGGACGAGGUGCGGGCCCCGCUGGCCCCGGCCGCGCAGUACCCGCUGCUGGGCGGCUGGUGGCCGGCGCUGGAGCCCGCGCUGCUGCAGCAGCUGCGCCGCUCGGCGCUGGCGCCGGCGCCCCCCAGUCCCAGUGACCAGCAGCGCCCACCCGACACCUAAACGCUGUGCGUAUAGUGUGCAUACCCAGUAUUAAAUAACCAUUACGUUACGUUAUCGUUGCCUAGUGAUAUCUUCAUUUAUAAAUCUAUAUUAUUAUACCUAAUAUUCUUAUACAACACUGUGUAGGCGCGUUGAACUCUUUUCUUUCGAAUUUCUUCUUUCUCUGUUUCCUUUCUUUCUUGUGAUCUUCGUUUAUCGUCUAUAAUCUUAUCUUACUAUAAGUGUAAAUUAUUGUAUAAAUUAAAUUUAUAAUAUUAAUUCUACUUAAACUGUAUAUGUAGACCAGUGAUAGUUGAUAUAUUAAGCGAUUUAUUGAUAAAGUCUGAGAACGACCAAGCUAUGUAGAUAGUCUCUUAGUUUUAUUUGUAAAUACGUAAAGUGUUGUCUACUCUUCGUUGUUAAUGACGUGUAAACAUACUGUUGUUUAUUUACUAGAGGACAUUAAUCAAUAAAAAUAAAAAUUCUAUAAAAAUCUCCGAAUAAAUAGAAAUUAUAAUAUAUAAUGAAA